UUGCUGGAGACGGGAACCUCUGAUGAAAUGGUCAACAGCACUGAGGGCGCACGGAUUCCUCGCCUCAGCUAUGAGUAGACGACCUCCUACCGACUUACUUCACGUCACCCCGCCCGUCUGCCUGCCGUCUCCUCCCUAAAAACCUUUGCUGCGACCAUCCCUUUGAGCGACUCUGGGCUCAGAGAGAGAGAGGAAAAAAAGAAGAGAGAGACUGAGGGAGAAAGUGAGAGAGCCAAAAUACAUGCAGACUCCCAACAUCACCUAGACUACCUGCUCCAGCACAACAAGAGGAGGAGGACGCACAAGUGCAGGCGCGUCCAUGCGUGCCAGCCGAACAAGACAAUAAAGCGGGCAAAUUGGACCACAAAUCCAAAAGAUUGGAAUAAGAGUUUAUCCUGAGAACUCUUGGGGAAAAGAGCACAGCUUUGCUACAAGAAGAAGACAGCCUAAAUGAGUACACUGUAAGAAGAGUCAUGCAUCUCAACAGAGAAGAAGAUAACAGCAAAGGCUCGGUGUCUCUCAGUGUAUUCCUGGUGUCUGUUGCGUUCGUAGUGUGUGCCGUUUGGCUGGUAGCUCUAUGUGGCGUCUGCACCUGGUGUCAGCGUAAACUGGGGAAGAGGAAUAAGCCUGGGGUGGAGGCUGCCAGCUCUCCAGAUUCGGUGCGAGGUCGAGGGGAAAAUAAAGCCAUCAACGAUCUAGACAGAGACUUUUGGAAUAACAAUGACAGCAGCAAUGUGCAACAGAGGUGGAGCUCUUACCCGCCCAAGGAGUUCCUCUUAAACAUGUCUCCCUAUGCUCCCUACGGAGACCCUCGCCUCACGCCCAAUGGGGCCGUGGAUAAGGGUGGGCAGGGCGGUGCUGGACCCUCACCGGGGGCCAGCGACAGCGGGGGUGGUGCUUGCUCUGGGUCUGGGGCGGGGCCCAGUCGCAGUGACAGCGUUCGGAGCAUGGUGACGGGGGGCAGCAAGGCCGGGCGCUGGCAGACGGUCCAGAGCCACAUGCAUGCCGGAGGCCUGCGGUUUAGCAAUUUUGGGGACGCCUCCCUCUCGUCCGCCUCCACCCUGGAGCACAUCCCGUCCUCGGCCGUGGCGCGCCCUCGGCCUCUGGUCCGGCAGCAGAGCCUCCAACAGCCCCUCACUCACCAGCCCCCUCCGGGUCCCAACGACCCCCCGGUCACCUCGCAGAGCCUGGGCCAGCUCCACACGGGCCCAGGCGGCGGGGGCCACCGCGGGGGCCCACGGGGGGUCCGGGGGAGUCCGGCUGGAGCCUCCCGGUACAGAGGAACCGGGGCAGGCCGAUCGAGGUCAAAUCCAGGCAGCUGGGAUCACAUGAUGGAGCAGAUCCGCAACAGAGGGCUGGACGUCAAGUCGUUCCUUGAGGGGAAGAUGGUUGUUCUGUCUCUAGCAAUCGGGCUGGCUGAACAGGAUGACUUUGCCAACCUCCCAGAUCUACAGGAAGCACCAGCGAGCAAAGAAAAUGAAACCACACCAGAAAAGAGGACUCCAGGUAACAAACCAGGCAGUAGCCCCAGAGGUCAGACCCCGGACGAGACCGGACGCCGCCAGGGGCCGAGCCACGAGGCCAACUCCUCCGUCUCUGACUUGGCCAACUCAGUCACCAGUGACAUGCUCAUGUUGUCUCCAGGUUCAGAGGAAGAUGAACACGAGGGUCCAGUGUGUGAGAAGCUGGGUCGUAUCCAGUUCAGUGUUGGAUACAGUUUUCAGGACUCCACCCUCACCGUUAAAAUUCUGAAGGGCCAGGAUUUGCCUGCUAAGGACUUUUCCGGCACCUCUGAUCCGUUCGUCAAACUCUACCUGCUGCCAGACAAGAAGCACAAGUUGGAGACCAAAGUGAAGCGGAAGAAUCUAAACCCCCACUGGAACGAGACCUUCCUGUUUGAAGGGUUUCCAUAUGAGAAGGUGGUCCAGAGGACUCUGUACCUUCAGGUUCUCGACUACGACCGAUUCAGCAGGAACGACCCCAUAGGAGAGGUGUCCAUCCCCCUCAACAAACUGGACCUGGCCAACAUGCAGACUUUCUGGAAGGAGCUGAAACCGUGUAGCGAUGGCAGCGGGAGUCGAGGGGAUCUGCUGGUGUCUCUGUGCUACAACCCCACAGCCAACACCAUCACUGUGAGCAUCAUUAAAGCCCGCAACCUCAAAGCCAUGGACAUUGGAGGCACUUCUGACCCCUAUGUAAAAGUGUGGUUGAUGCACAAGGACAAGCGAGUGGAAAAGAAGAAGACGGUGGUAAUGAAGCGCUGUCUGAACCCUGUUUUCAACGAGUCCUUCCCCUUUGACGUGCCUGCCCACGUGCUGAGGGAGACCACCAUAAUUAUCACUGUCAUGGACAAGGACAGACUCAGUCGCAAUGAUGUCAUUGGAAAGAUUUAUCUUUCAUGGAAGAGUGGCCCUGCAGAGGUAAAGCACUGGAAAGACAUGAUGGGUCAUCCUCGCACUACCGUGGCCCAGUGGCAUGCUCUCAAGGCCUGAGGCACCCAGUGACCAACCUGCCUACAGUGUCCCCCUCCCCUGAAUUCAGCAUCAGCCACUCAGCCCCUGCCCUCAGCACAUACCCACCCUGCUCCCUCACUGCAGUCUUGGUUCUGCAGAAACUGUGCGUCAUCUCUUUGUUCUCAGGCCUCUUUGAUAUCCUCUGCCCUCGAUCCUCGUGACACCAUCCUUAAAUUUCACCCUUGUCAGUUUCUGAUUCCCUCCCGACCCCCCCUCACAUCCCUUUGUCUGAACUUAAAAAUGUCUUUGAUGUCUUAACCCACUUCCUCCUCGUGCCCUGUUUCUAUGAGAUUUUUUUUCCCCAGAUAUCCCCCAGUCCACCCCCCAUUCUCAGUGUUUAACAUCAGAGCCUCUUGCCACCCAUGAAUACAAACUACCAACCAAAAACAGAUCAAACUGAUAUUCCUCCGUACCCCUUGAAAUGCCUGAAGAUUCAGGAAAACCGACACAGGCAAUAGAGGAGUGAUGGCCUGUAUUUAAAGUGGCCUGGAAAUGGACCCUGUUGCUCAACUCAUGUUUGGUCUUUUUCACUUUUCACUCUUUCUCUGGCACCGCUGUAAUAAUUCUCCCUUGGCUGGAACCCUUCGUCGUCUGUGCGUGCUGUGGGUGAUGUGCUGUAACCCCCAAAUGAAGUUCUUCAACAACGACAAAAAAAAAAAAAAAAAAAAAAAGGAUAAGAACAUGAUCAUUUAACACUGGUCCAGAAGAAGGAUAAGUGUAAAAAAACAAACAUUUUUUUCCUGUUUUCUUGGAAAAGAAAUCCCGAUGGACAGAAAAAAAAGAGUAAAGUGAUUAAUGUUGUGUUUUAUUUUUUGGUUUUCAAAAGAACUUAGAGAAUCAACCUGUUCUUCCAGACAGAAAAUAAGCAAAAAGCCAGCUUCCGUAAGUGUGGAAGUGUGGGUUAAUGGGUGUGUGCAUGUGUGUGUGUGUGUGUGAAUGAGGGGGUAUUCUGGACUUGCACAGCUAAGUUAAAGAUAUUAGUGAAAAUAGCAUUGCCUGUGAUAACGAUGGUGAAGUAAGUUAGAAUUUGUGGUGUUAAAGUUUAAGACUGGGGAGGUCACUAAGGUCAAAGACACAGAGUAGUUUUUAAAGGAGCUAUUAGUAAGUUUCUGCCAUCGCUACGUCGCUAACGUUAGCAUUAACAGCUGUUUACUUUACGUUAUGAGUUCGGCAUCAAACUUCGUUCCUUCUCUCCCUGUAUUAUCUGAGCUUAAGCAUCACCACCACCGGCAAGAAACCACAUUUGGCGGCAGAAAAAAAAUGACCGAUAGCCCCUUUAAUGCACCAGUACUAUCCAGCCAGACAGAUUUCAUGUAUUUAUGUAUAUGUUGUGGGUUUGAUUCCCUUACAUCACUGCUGAAUACAAAGGAGAUCGAUUAGAUUUCUUUGUGGUGCUCACUGCUUUUGAAAUGGCUUUGGAAAAAUUCAACACCAGCUUGUCUCGUUCCAGAAAUAAUGUCGUGGUUAAUCAGAUAAUCCACAAAGCCCAAUAUAUUCCACGCUUUUCUUUGGGACUAGAAGAACAACAGCAUCUAAUCUGUGCAGCAGGGUGUUUUCCAAACAACAUUUUUCUAAUUAUUUUAUCACGCUGCAGUGAAAAGAAAAAAGCUGGAGAGUGGACCUUGAGUUUAGAUUAAUUUUUUUUCUGACUACUGAUUCCUUGAAGUGUUUUGUGUUUUGGGUGAAUCAAACAUUUAUGAAUGCAGGCAGUAAAUAGGUUUGCUAAGAGUUACAGUGUGUUGAGAAAUGAGAUGCAGAUGAAAUGAUCAGUGGCUGAAAGGCCAUUUUACAGCGUGUCUAUCAGCUGCAUCAAUCAGUGCUUUAAACCUGGAACAGGUUUAUGUCAGACCUGAUUAUUUUUGUUUUGGGGGGUUUGAGUUCAGUACAGGUCAGUCUUCCAGUUGUUGGCUUCACUGCCUGAAUGUGACCUCCCUUAAGUCCCAUAUAGACACGUGCUAAGUGGAUGAAUGGAAACAAAUGAGAAUAAGAAUCUGGGGAGAAAAGUCUUUUUACAUUCCACUGCUCGUUUUUUGUCAACUGGAUGUGUGUAUGUAUGUGUGUGUGUGUGUGUGUGAGUGUCAAUAUUUGAGCUUUAGUUUGUGUGAUUGUGUUUACUGUGAGUCCCUCUGUGUGUACAGUAUAUCUGCACUGAGUUCUAUUUUGCCAGUUUAAUACAGAACAACAUUGUUUACUGUUUUUAUUCUGUAUGAAACGAUCCAGAUGUACAAAGAAGUAUGUUUUUUUAAAAGUUGUCACUUCUUCGAGAAUCACUGCACUUGUUGACGACGAUGCUGGAACAAACCUCUCUUCAUAGCAGGGUCAUUAUCCUCAUGUGUGGUUUAAAAAGGACGUUUGGUUUUUUUUUUUCAGAGGAGGAGAAUCUGUUCUUGAGCUGAGAGCGAAGGUCAAACGAAAAAUGUCACAAACCAGCUUUACAACAACCCUGUUUCCUUUGACCACAUAAACACCAGACUUUGAGUUCAGACAGAAGCAGCUACCGACAUUUUGUCCUAUCUGUCCUUCCUAUCUGGUCCGAUCUGAUUCGCCAAGGCCAAAAAAAAUGAAGGGUGGCUCCCUAACAUCGCAGCUGACGUCCCCCCCGAAAACACCCCCGUUGUGCACACAUGCUUUCUGGCACAAAGUGUUCUGUGUGUGCCUUAUAAACCCCGCCACGCCUUGCUCUUCACCAUAUGCGCUCCCUCUCUCCAAGUGUCAGGGAGGGGGGGUAAGAGAAAAAAAAAAGGUGAGACAGGAGAUAAUCAUCACCUCUUUGCAUCACUGUUCGUCUCAGGUCAGAGCAGAGCAUCGGAGCAUCCCAAAAUAACCAGGAACACAGUCAUCUGUCUGUCCUGAUGGCCCUGUGUGUUAAACACGGCAUUAUUUUUGAGUGCUGCUGACAAAGCGUUACAUUCCAAAGGCUUAGUGAAAGUCACUUCGAGCAAUGCAACUUAAACAUCGGUUAAAUAUCAGUCAGGGUUUGGUGUGUUUUAGUUUCAAGAAAUGGAGCUAGAAUCCGACUUUCUACACUCUUCACCGGCCAAAAUACCACACUGGUAAAAAUCUUAAGUGGACAAGCUCGCAUUUCUGAUUUAGGGCAUUCUGCUUGAGACAAAGAGAGGUUAACCAGCAACAUUUUAAUUUCUAUACUGUACAAAUGAUUGUGAAGUGUCCUGUAUGAAAAAAAAGAAAAAAAUCAUCAGUAUUUACUGGGGUUGUUGAUAUCUGUCUGUCCUUGGUAUCACACAGCCCCCUGUUUCACUCCCUCUUCUCUUUGUAGUCACACAUCCGUGGGGUGCACAAUGUUAAAUAUCAGCCAUUUAUUUUUUUGAAAUCUGUACAGUGUAUAUAACAAUAUAAAUGUGUAUAUAAAACAAAGAUACUUCUGGUCUGGUAUUGUUAUGAAUUUUUCAGAAGUUUCUUUUUACUGUUUCUUCAGGUCAGACGUCAUAAAUGUAACAGGUUUCCUGUUGUUCUGCUGUGUUCUGAGUUGGUUGCACAUGAGGAGGAGGACGUUUUCAGAUCCUCAACGUAAGUCCUGCAUUCAAUAUUUUAUUUAAGUAUAAUAACAAGAUUAAGAUGAAUACUGAUGCAACAAUGCAUAAGCAGCAGACUGUUGUACCUUGAGAUGGAGCUACUGUAGUUUUAACGCCUCUACACACUUUUAUGUAUUUUAGUUUAGUGAUUCCCAAUCUCUAACUUUUUUAUGUGAAAUAAUUAUUUUUCUGCUUUUACCCCAGAAGAAAUAAAUCACUCUUCAGUUGACCUGUAAACAGCUAGAACCAGGAAACGCUGGUUUAAUCCUUCAUAAUACAUGAUGAUUUUAUAAACGUUUGUUUUUUAUGUAAAAGCCUAUCAAAUGAUGUCAAAUAAAUGUAGUGCUGUCUGAUAGUAAACUGUAAAGUUGAAGUAACACAUUUCACAGAGACUUGCCACUAACUCGCUGUCAAUCCCAGUUCAGUCUGAUUUUGAGUGUUGAUAUCAUGAAUUUCUUUUGUAGCAGUUUAAUUGCAAAUACGCGGACUGAUAAAGUGAUAAAGCCAAAAUUAA